CAGUUUUUAUUUGCAAAAAUUUGUCGAUUUUAUUUGGUAUUUAAUAAUUAAUUAUUUUUUGUUUUCUAUUAUUAUCAUCAGUGAGACCACGGAUAAACUAAAAUGGCAUCGAAACCACUGUUUAACACAAUUGUCAAAUUCAUUUUGAUGGGUGUCUCAGCAGUCUUGGCAUUCAUAUAUUUCAUUGAAUUAAUCGCAUACUUUACCGGCGAUGAUAAGCCGUUUAGCGACAAGUUUUCAAUCAUUCAGUUCAUCCUUAUUUUGUUAGGUUUUGUAUUAUCUGUGUUGGCAUUCAUCGGUGCCUUAAUAGAGAACUCGUGUCUAAACAGCAUAUCUGUUGCAUUUUGUUUCAUUAUGUUGUUGUCCUCCAUCUGGACUCUUGUCAAGUGUUUCCUGAAUUCGAAGUCCGAUUAUUACGACUCGUGUCAGACCAUUGAUUAUGUGUUGCGAUCACUGGUUAUGAUUGUGUUGACAAUAAUGCUGUUCUCUAUCUAUGCUUUCAUUAAUUCAAUUGAAGAUUCAGAAUAG